CCAAACCGGAAAAGAAGUCGCGCCACCUAGCAGUUCCGGUGUACGUCACUUUGACGUCACGGUGUCAGUGGUUGCUCUCGACAUGCACUGAAUAAACGAACACGUCGUUUGGUUGGUGGUGAAGCGUAGCAGAGAGACAAGAAAGGCGGUGGUCGUGGUAGUUUGUAGUUGCUGUUUUCAUGGCGGCUUUGCGCGUUGGUGUUUGUUGACUGUUGUGUUGCCUUGUGUGUCGCCUUGUGAAAGUGCAAGUGUCGGUGGCAGCGUUUUUGGAGCAGCGGCAGCAUGAACAGCAGGUUGGUCGCGUGGUUCGUCGCACGCCGGCGGGAACGAUCUACCCGCCCCUGCCGUGACCCGUUCGCCAUGAGGGGAGACGUUUUUCGGCGGCAUUUCCGCAUGACGAAGAGCUCCGUGCGGCUGCUUUGCAGUGAGCUUGCAGACCAUCUGGAGCCCCUGACCGCGGGAGGCCUGAGCGUUGAGGACCAAGUUCUCUGCGCGCUCAGGUUCUUUGCGACAGGAAGUUUCCAGUUGUCAAUCGGCAGCGAGGCGACUAUUGACAUGUCGCAGGCUUCUGUGAGCCGCUGCAUAGCGAGAGUCGCGCAUGCCAUUGCUGUCGUGGGGAAGGAGCGAGGAUGGGUGGCCUUUCCACGCACCUCAAGCGACCGAGCAGCCAUCAAGCAAGGUUUCUUGCAACACGGCCGGCUUGGAGGUGUAAUUGGAUGCGUCGAUGGCACAUUCGUCGCUAUUGUUGCCCCGAGGCUCCCUCCUGCACAGAAGGCACCCUACUGGUCCCGGAAGGGCUAUUACGCCCUCAAUACAAUGGUGGUGUGCGACUCGGACUUGAGGGUGAGGUACAUUGAUCCGCGGUUCGCUGGCUCAUGCCACGACGCGCACGUGUGGCGACACUCGCUGCUUCGCAGGCGCAUCGUGAGUGGCCGCAUUGUCGUGCAAGACGGGGAGUACCUGUUGGGUGACAGUGCGUAUCCACUUGAGCCGUGGCUCAUGACGCCUGUACCAGGCCACCCUGCCCUCAACACACCGGAAGGGCGGUUCAACACUGCCCACGCCUCCACAAGGUCAGCGGUGGAGCGCUGCAUCGGCGUUAUGAAGAGCCGUUUCCGAUGCCUGCAGCGUCACCGCGCCUUGCACUAUGGUCCCAGAAAAGCGGGUUCAAUUGUGGCGGCGUGUGCGGCACUUCACAAUCUGUGCAUUCACGAAGGUGAGCCAUACCCGAGCCAUUUGUACCACCACCACGAUGACGAUGGCAAUGACGACGAUAGCAAUGACGACGAUGACGACGACGACGAUGGCGACGACGCUGAUGGCGACGACGCUGAUGCCGACAACGAUGGCGACGAUGAUGGUGAUCACUCACUUGGCUCCACAGGCACAACGACGCAGACUGCAUCACCGCAACGAAGGCGGGCCCUGUUCUUGCGUGGCAGCAGGCCCCUGCAGCAUAUCCAGCGAGCUGUUUGGCAGGCACGUCGCCUUCAACACUAG